AUGGUCAUUUACGAUGGCAUCAGCAAGAAGACCGCGAAGGAAAUCGCACGUCUCUAUCCCGAUGACCCCGCUCAAGGUAUCCCAUCAACUUUGAGCGGACGACCAGGCAGCAGAACCGGAUUGGGACUUCAAUGGAAGCCAUCAAGCGCAUAUAACAGAGACAAGUGGGCUCGCCACGGCGUCGACGUCUACGCCUAUGUUUACGAUGUACUAUUCCAUGCUAAGUGGUGGGAGCAAGGCGCGCAGGAGCAGGAUGACAUCGCGUUCUUCUUCCAUAAUGUCACCCUCUCCGAGGCGCUUAGUCCCACCGACCAGGCCGAUCAGAAAAGACUUUCGAGCCACUUAGCUACCUGA